AUGUUCUAUCUGGUCUUGCAGUUGAGCGAAUGGGUGUUGUGCAAGAUUUACAAGAAGCAAACUGAUAACAGUCAUGGGGUGGAAGAAGUUGGAAGCAUUAUGAAUCCAAAUGAGGUGACCGAAGAACCCAACGUAACACCUGACACACUUUUGCCCAAGAGACGACGAGUACCAGAUACAUGUGAUGAAAUCAAAUUUUCAAACUGCCCUGAACAAGUUGACGUUAAACAAGCUAAUGGCCAUUUGGAUACCCAUUUUCAAAUGGCAGCACCUGUCGAAAUUCCACAAUCAUCCAACGAAUUCAAAACGAAUCGGAUGGAGUUUGCUCACACGUUGGUUAACCAGGGUGUUUUUUAUAACAAUGACUCCAGCCCUUAUCCUAUUCCAAUGCAACCGACGAAUACUUUGCUAACCUUUUUUUUAAGUAAAUACAAUAUUCAUAUCAGAAUGCACCAGAGUACGCCACAUGGCAAAGGAGACAUCCACACCUUCUACCGACCUCGAUGGCAUGACACCAUGAAAUGUGAACAUGUGGCCCACCGAAAAUUAGAUGUGGCUCCACGACGUUUUGUCACGUGGCAUUUCCAGAACCAACAAUUGCACCUAACUCUAGUCAACGCAGCACAAUCGGUCAUCUAA